AUGGGUGGUCAGGAUAAAAUAGCUUUAAAUGAAGAGGAAUCUUUACUUAUCAUUAGACGUCUACACAAGGUUUUAAGACCAUUCCUUUUACGUAGAUUGAAAAAAGAUGUAGAGUCGGAAUUGCCUGAUAAAAUUGAAAGGGUGAUUAAAUGUAAAUUAUCAGCUUUACAACUUAAAUUGUACAAUCAAAUGAAAAAACUUGGCGUUUUAUUCGUAAAUACUGGUGAAAAAGGAAAAACUGGUAUUAAAGGACUUAACAAUACGAUAAUGCAAUUACGUAAAAUUUGUAAUCAUCCAUUUGUAUUUGAAGAAGUGGAAAAAGAUGUCAAUCCAUAUUUAAAUAAUGAUCUUCUGUAUCGUGCUUCUGGCAAAUUUGAAUUAUUAGAUAGGAUUUUACCAAAAUUCUACAAGACUAAUCAUAGAUAUCUACGUUUGGAUGGCAUGACAAAGGCUGAGGAUAGAUCAGAAUUAUUGAAAAAAUUUAAUGCACCAGAUUCACCAUAUUUUAUAUUUUUAUUAACUAGAGCUCAAUUUAAACUUGAUAUUGAUGGUAAGGUAAUUCAGGCUGGUAAAUUUGAUAAUAAAAGUACGGCUGAAGAACGUGAGGCCUUUCUGAACGAAGAGAGGGAGUGGUAUUUAAAAGGUGGUGAAGGGAAGAAACCCGAGAGAUUGAUAGAGGAAAACGAAUUGCCGUCUGUUUAUAUGAAAGAUUAUGAAACUGUUAUAAAUUAUGGCGAUGAUGACAAUAUUGAGUAUGGUCGCGGCCAAAGAGUUAGAGGAAAUGUUCAUUAUGAUGAUGGAUUAACAGAAGAUCAAUGGGCACUCGAGGAUGAAGAAAUUGAACUCGAUGAUCUGAUUGCUAAGAAACAAGCAACUAAAAAAAGAAGAUUAGAAAAGAAAGUUAAAAGAACGAUAACGCAACAACCAGAAGAAGAACCAUCUCAACAAGGAAGUACAUCAAAGCCUAAUGUUGUCUAUUCAGAUGAGAUGAUGGUUGUUGACAACAUGUCAGAUUCAAAGAAAAAAAGGGGAAGGCCACGUAAAGAUGAAUCAUUAUCUUUUGAUAAGAUCAGCCACAACAACAAUAAUUCCGAUUUGACAUUACACAAAUUAAUUAAAAAGAAAGGGAAAGCAAAAAGAGAGUUUGGUGGUUAUGAUGAACAGACAAAUGAUGAAACAUUUUCUGAACAAACUAAAAAAAAGAGGAAAAUAUCUAAAAAGAAGAAUGAGGAAAUUCUUGACGACGUACCACCACAAAAUCGUGAAAAAAUGAGAAAAAUAUUUAUAGAAUGUUAUUCAGAAGUAGAUAAUUUGAUGGAUGUAUCCAAUGGUGAACCACGUCAUAGAGCAUAUCUUUUUCUUACACUUCCAAAAAUAAGAGAUUAUCCAUUAUACUAUCAAAUCAUCACAAAUCCUAUAGCUAUGGACACUAUUAAAAAAAGAUUAAAAGGAAUUUAUUACAAAACAGUACAACAGUUUAAAGAGGAUUGGCAUCUAAUGUUUAAUAAUGCUAGAGCUUUUAACGAAGAAGGAUCACAAAUUUAUAAUGAUGCUGAUAAGAUGCAGGAGGUACUUGAUAAAAAACUUGAAGAACUUUGUCCAGGUGGUGAAUUACCAAAAACUUCUACUGAUGACAUGAUCUUAUAG